GGGUUUGGGAAAGGACACUACCAAUAGGAGGGAUGCUGCAAGAAUAAUGUCAUGCAAUUUCAGUGCCUGAUUCAAUUUGCAUUCUGGCUUUGUCAGUUUCACUGAUAGGAAAGAUGACGUGGAGCAAGGAGUGCAACGUUUCUCUGGCAUCACCCACUAAAAAUCACAGUUUAGCUACCAUUGAUGUUUCAUGCUGGGAUUAUUGGGAAUUGACAAAGAUCAGUUUAGGAAUUCUUCAUACAGCAGGACAUUCUUUUAGUCAAAACUGAUUUGUGGUAUACUGGCAUAUUUUAGCCUUUAUUAUGUCAUUUCAUUGCACAAUUUUGCCUUUUUAUGUCUAGAUGGUUCAAAAAACAUCUUGUUCAAUGAGGAAUUGAGGAUUCAUUUUUGUAAAGAACCCAUAAAUGAUAUGGGUCUUGACUUCCAUGAACAAGCUUCAACCGGGAACAACAGCAGACCUCAUGGUGAUGCUUCAGGAGCUCAAGGGCGGUGGGUUGGAAGGUGAACGUACCAUGUUUGUAGUCCACUUCAUGAUCAAUUUUGAUGGAUAGUGAGUUUUCGUAUUGUUUGUUCUUUCGAUUCUUAGAAUGACAGUUUAUAGAUUGAGAAGUAACAUUAAUAUUGGUGACCUUAUCUUUGUGAUGUAAUUUUAUGGUGCAUGACUUGUGAAACAAUGGCCAUUAGAUAUGGCAUGAACUAAGAAGCAAUGAGGAAGAAACUAUGUUGGGAAUU